CAGUCCUGAAACAAACCAGAAGAAAAGACGAAGUGAGGAAAGUCUUGUUUCCACAAUGAAUCAAACUGUUUUUAUGAAAGGAGGCAGGAGGUUGACUUUAUUUUCUGUCUUUAUGAAAUAUUAAAACUUCCCAUUAAUCUGCUGUGACUGAAAGAAAAGAGUCUCCAGUGAAAGCUCAGAGCCAGGAAUGAAAAAGUUGCAGAGCAGUGAGAGGAAGGAAGGAGGGGUCACUGUGGAAAGAGGAGGUCCUCCGUCUCCCUCCUCACAUCAAACAGAAGUUCUUCAGACAAACCUCAGAGUUUGUGUUUCAGCGUCUUUCUCCUGAGUUCACCUGCAGUCCAUCAAAUCCUGUGUGUGAAGAUGUCUGCUGCCAGCAAUCUGCUCUCUGAAGAUCAGUUUCUGUGCUCCAUCUGUCUGGAAGUGUUCACUGAUCCAGUCUCCACACCAUGUGGACACAACUUCUGCAACCAGUGCAUCACUCAGCACUGGAACACCAACAACAUCUGUGACUGUCCCCUGUGUAAAAAACAGUUCAGAACAAGACCUGAACUCAACGUCAACACCUUCAUCUCUGAGAUUGUUUCUCAGUUCAGACGUGAAGCUGAACUCAAAGCCAGCAGCAGCUCAGAGCAACAAGCUGCCAAACCAGGAGAAGUUCCCUGUGACGUCUGCACUGGAACCAAAGUGAAGGCCCUCAAGUCCUGCCUGGUUUGCCUGGUCUCCUACUGUCAGACUCAUCUGGAGCCUCAUCUGACAGUGUCAGUCCUGAAGAAACAUCAGCUGAUGGAGCCUGUGGAGAACCUGGAAGGCAGGAUGUGUCUGAAGCACCAUAAACCUCUGGAGCUGUUCUGUCAGAGAGAGCAGACAUGUGUCUGCAUGAUGUGCUCUGUUUUAGAGCACAAGAAACACAAGGUUGUUCCUCUGAGUGAAGAAUGUGAAGGAAAGAAGAAGGAGCUGAGGAAGACAGAGGCUGAGAUGCAGCAGAUGAUCCAGGAGAGACGAGUGAAGAUCAAGGAGAUCAGAGAGUGUGUGAAGAGGAGUAAAGCUGCUGCAGACAGAGAGAAAGCAGAAGGUGUUGAGGUGUUCACUGCUCUGAAGGAGUGUGUUGAGAGAGGCCUGAAGCAGCUGAUGGAGAGGAUGGAGGAGGAAGAGGGAGCCAGAGAGAAACAGGCUGAAGGUCUCAUCAGAGAUCUGGAAGAGGAGAUCUGUGAGCUGAUGAAGAGGAGCUCAGAGGUGGAGCAGCUCUUCCUCUCUGAAGACCACCUCCACCUCCUCCAAGGCUUCUCCUCCCUGAAAGCUGCUCCACCCACCAAGGACUGGACAGAGGUCAGCGUCCGUCCAUCAUCAUAUGAGGGGACUGUGGUGAGAGCUGUGGCUCAGCUGGAGGAGACUCUCAGCAAAGAGAUGAAGAAGCUGUUUGAGGCUGAUCUGAAGAGGAAGCAGCAGUUUGCAGUGGAUGUGACUCUUGAUCCUGAUACAGCUCAUCCUCAACUCAUCCUGUCUGAUGAUGGAAAACAAGUGAGUCUUGGUGAUGUGAGAAAGAAGCUUCCAGACAACCCAGAGAGAUUUGAUGAUUAUAGUUUUGUUUUAGGAAAACAGAGUUUCUCUUCAGGUAAAUUUUACUUUGAGGUUCAGGUUAAAGGAAAGACUGACUGGAUGUUGGGAGUGAGCAAAAAGUCCAUCAACAGGAAGGGAAAGAUCACACUGAGCCCUGAUGAAGGUUUAUGGAUAAUAGGUUUGAUAGAUAGAAAUAAGAACUUUGCUGUUGAUGCCCCUCCCCUUUAUCUCUCUCUGAAGUGUGUUCCUGAGAAGGUGGGGGUGUUUGUGGAUUAUGAGGAGGGUCUGGUCUCUUUUUAUGAUGUAGCUGCUGCAGCUCUGAUCUACUCCUUCACUGGCUGCUGCUUCACUGACAAACUCCUCCCAUUGUUCUGUCCCGGUGAAAAUGAUGAUGGUGGAAACUCUGCUCCUCUGAUCAACUGUCCUGUCAAUCAAACUGUCUGAUCUGUUUUCAUCAUUAAACAUCACCAACAAUGAAUAAAGUGGUGAGAAAGUGACAGAUUAACUGUGAUUCAUGGUGAACGAUUCUCUGAUUUCAUUGAGCAGCAGUUUGUACCUAAAGAAACGUUCAUCUGACAGUUUGAACAACACAAGUAAAGCUGUGAUGAGAAGAGGAAACACUGAGCAGUCAGAGUCAGUAUCAACCUGUUUCCUCUGAGUCUGAUUCAUGGCAGAGCUCCUUCAUGGUUGAAGACUCCAUCAGGAGAGUUUUCAUGUGUUUUUAUGUCUUCAUGAGCAGAAAUCUUAAAGUCUGUGAAAACUGUGUAAACUAUGUGAUCAUAUUGUCAUUCUCCCUGUAAAAAGUGUUGAAUGUUGGAAUCAUGAGCUUCAGUUGAUGAAUAAAAACUCCUUUGGAUCAUCUGGAUUCCUCCUGAAUUCGCUUCUUGAUUUUGACUCAUUGGAAGCCAUUUUUUGGGGAACAUGGAUUUAUAAAGUAUUUUGGGCUGAAUCACACUUAAUGCAGGUGGAGAUUUUCUAAAAGGGUCAAGAUUUUUGUGAAAAAUCCAAUCUGCAGCGUUCAAAUAAAGAAUAAUACUAAUUGAUGGAAACCAUUCCAGUUUGCAUUCACAUGUCUCUGAAAUGAGAACACUCUGUGGAGAAGGAGUUAUGUAUGUUGUCAACAAUUCUCUGAUAAGUUUGAGAGAAAUGUAUUUGAUAUUAUCUGUGAUUGUUUAUAUAUCCAUGCAAUGUUUGUUCCUCACAAAAAGUUCAAU